GCUCGCGGACAAUUAUGAACUAAGUCCAAAAACUGUGGACUCGAUGAACCACUUCUUUAUCUUACGCCGUGGUUAAUUCUUUUCGUUUGGACAACAUCCAACAUGGCUCGAGGUCCAAAGAAGCAUUUGAAGCGUUUAAAUGCACCAAAAGCAUGGAUGUUGGACAAGUUGGGCGGUGUAUACGCUCCCCGUCCAUCCACUGGACCACACAAACUUCGAGAGUGUCUUCCAUUGGUUAUUUUCCUCCGAAAUCGGUUGAAGUAUGCGUUGACAAACUCCGAAGUAACAAAAAUUGUCAUGCAACGUUUAAUCAAAGUUGACGGAAAAGUUCGUACAGAUCCUAACUAUCCUGCUGGUUAUAUGGAUGUUAUUACAAUUGAAAAAACCGGUGAAUAUUUCCGACUGAUAUACGAUGUCAAGGGUCGUUUUACCGUUCAUAGGAUUACCGGUGAAGAAGCAAAAUAUAAAUUAUGCAAAGUUAAACGAGUGCAAACAGGACCCAAAGGUAUUCCAUUUUUGGUUACCCACGAUGGUAGAACAAUUCGGUAUCCUGACCCACUUAUCAAAGUUAACGACACCAUUCAAUUGGACAUCAAUUCCGGCAAAAUCAUCGAUUCUAUUCGAUUUGAUUCCGGUAAUUUGUGUAUGAUUACUGGAGGUAGAAAUUUGGGUCGUGUUGGUACUGUUGUGAACCGUGAACGUCAUCCUGGAUCUUUCGAUAUUUGCCACAUCAAAGAUUCGCAAGGACAUACUUUUGCAACCAGGUUGAACAACGUUUUUAUUAUCGGCAAAGGGGCUAAAGCAUACAUUAGUUUGCCGAGAGGCAAAGGUGUUAAGCUUACCAUUGCUGAAGAACGUGACAAGAGGUUAGCGGCUAAAGGUGUUAAUUGAGUCUAAUGGUAUGGACAAUUAUUUAAUAAACCAUAUAACAUCUUUGGUAAA